GUUCAGGCACUUGUGCGGUCAGCUGUCGUCAGGGGGUCCUUGUACUGGAGGUGACAUUCGUUCUGCUAGCAGGAACCGGGGAAGCGGUUAGCAUCGACCAACACUUCAACAUGGCGCAGGCAGUGCAAAAGCUGGUGGCUAAAGUCCCUACGAUGCUCGGCGCCGCUGUCACCUAUUCCAAACCUCGGCUAGCCACCUUCUGGCACUACGCUCGUGUUGAACUUGUCCCCCCGUCCCCUGCCGAGAUCCCCAAGGCCAUCGAGGGGGCCACCAACCUCAUCAAGGGCUUCCAAACAGGACGUCUCGGUCAGACCACAAUGAGGGAUGCUCUGAGGAACGGACUGGUGGUCACUGAGGUGUUGAUGUGGUUCUACAUUGGAGAGUGCAUCGGCAAAGGAGGCCUCAUCGGUUAUGAUGUCUGAAUUGUGGACUGUCAUGCUUUUCUUUUGAACGUUGUAUGUUCAACUUCCUUCAAGAAUCCCGGGAUCUAAUAAACAAAUUUCUAUUGUUAAAAAAGUA